CUCUUAUGGAAAAAGUAAGAAGCUGCCUGGUUUGGCUGUGGACCUGGCACAACACCUCCAACACCUCUGGGGAAGGUGAUUCCGUGACUGAUAGAAGAAGAAUUAGCUGCUAAGUACACAAAGAAUGAUAGACCUUAUCUUAUUGUACUUGUUUACCACCACUCAUCAAAGGCCAGCCUGGCGAAUUUCAGCUGUUGCCUCCAAUCUACCUCUUCACCCCACGCCCCCCGACGGCCAUUGCUGCUCAAAGAACUGAGUCGAUAAAGUAAACAAUCCCCACUCUCUUAUUUUCCCUGAAUGAAACAAAAGAGAAUAAAUACGGACUGGACCAAGUCGUCAGGUGUUUUUUGCAGGUGAGUCCGUAACAAGGUAAAAGGAUUGGUCAACAUUGCACAGAUAAAAGGAUCAUUAAACACUUUCUUUGGGAUUUCGACAGCGGAAUGUUCAUCCCACUCCUGUGUAGGUUUCGCAUCCUCAGGGGCAGACAAUCGCUGCAACUGUGGUGGGUCAUCAUGGCGCCUCCUUCAUUUACUUGAUUUUCUCGGCCUUUUCCUUUUUCAUGUCAAAAGGAUAUCGAGGAAAGAACAAAGAUCUACAUGCCGGCAACAGUGAUAAACACCCCUACAAAAUAUUCCCGACUAAGGAUUCAUAUAACCUGGCGAUCACACCUGUAAACGAUACAGAAACGAUAUCGCGAGAAGUUGAUUUUUCAAAACACGUGGCAUCUGUUUCUAAGAAGGUUUCAAACCAAAACAGAAUUCUUUCGAGGGAAACGUAUCAGACUUCCCAAUCCCUCCACGCGUGCAAAAUAUUCUACAGGGCAUGGUGAUUCUACCCCCAGAUGAUCAUCUCAAAGAACACAUGUCCCACUUCCUACCUGGUCCACAGGUGUUGAACGACUUCUCACCUGGUUUCUUCCUCAUCUCGGCGCCCCACGUGUGUGGUGGCAGCGACUCUCCGUCGUUGGUGGUUGUCGUUCCUUCGGUUGUAUACCACUGGGAGAUCCGGGCGGCAAUUCGAGCCACGUGGGGAAGUCCUGCCCGAGGGAAACUGUGGCCAGGUCAUACACAUCGUCUUUCCGUCAAACUUGUUUUCGUAUUCGGUGUCACUGACAAGAAGGGCAGCAGGGACCUGCACGAGGAAUCCCAGCGGUACGGCGAUAUCGUCCAGGGGGACUUCCACGACAACUACCGAAACCUCAGCAUCAAGACUGCAGCGGCACUGCAGUGGAGUGACACGCACUGCCCAGGUGCCAAGCACGUGCUCAAGGUGGACGAGGACACCUUCGUCAACAUCCCUCUGCUGAUGGAAGUCCUGGACUACAUGUCUUCGCUGAAGCUGAAAUUUGUCUUGGGUCACAGGCACAGCUCUGUGCGUCCCCGUGUGGCAAGAGCAGGGCGGUGGGCUGUGGACCACGCUCUUUACCCGUUCUCGGAAUUUCCUGCUUACCUGUACGGCCAUUCGUACGUCGUGUCCAGGGGCGCGGUGCCAGACCUCCUGUUCGCCUUCAAGCGGAGGCCACUGAUGCCUAACGAAGACGUACUCUUCACAGGUGUGCUGGCCAGUGCUAUGGGCGUGACUAGAAUUCACUCGCACUCCUUUGCCCACGUUUCUGAUCGACAACGGAACGCAACGUGGUGCGAAGAAGCGCGCGGUCUGAGGGUGUCGCGGACUCUGUUCCGGAGCGCCAGCGCCAUUUUGAACAUGUGGUUUGACAUUAUUCUCAGACGCUGUCAUGGUGAUGUAUGACUUGCUUCUGUAGGUGAACUCUACCUCAAGUAAAAAUUCAGAUGCCUUGUGAACGAUCGAUGAAAUAGGUCAGUCCAUUGAUCGUGAGCACUGUACUACUUUAGUUUUAGAUGAUUGUAGGUCAACUGUCAACCUCAAGAUGGCGAACUUUGUGCUUUUUUUUAUAACCAUCUUCCAUUUUGCUGAACUGUUUAAUUAUUGAAUAAUAUACUUUACCAAUAACUCUUAUUAUCUUUGUUUCAAUCCUAUUUUUUAACCAUCCUUAUCGUGGAUGAUCAAGUUCUAUUCGUUCUUUUCGAGCUUUUU